AGAGAGAGGAGGCGAUUUCUAGAAGAAGAAAAUUGAACGAAGAAGAACCCGCGAAGAAGAAUCGAUCUAACCCCAGAUCUCAUCCAAGGUCAGAGGCGAUUUUCAGAAGAAGAAAAUCGAACAAAGAAAAGCCCGCGAAGAAGAAUCCAUCGAACCCCAGAUCUCAUCCAAGGUCUCUCUCUCUCUGAACGCGAAAGAAAUGGGAAAGGAUGAGAGAGACCUUUCGGUAAUCUGAACUGGUUGAGGUUAUUUGAGCCGGACCUCUUUUAGACCGCGAGAUUGGCCUUUUUAAUCCUGGCCGUUGGACACAAUCCAACGGCUUAUAAGAGGGGUGCGGAUUUUCCUUAUUAUCGGGGAUACCGCGGAUAGGAAAAGGUCUGGGUAUAUGUCUAUAUAUAUGUAGAAAACACGCGACCCAGGGAAAACCCUAACCCCCGCCGGCUCUCUAAACCUUCUCCCCAACUCUCAACUACUGUAACUCUGUAACGUAGUUGUCCCAACAUCCAUCCUCCUGAUUCCCGUUAAAGUUUUGAGAGAAGGAAAAUGCUGGACAUAAAUCUUUUUCGGGAAGAUAAGGGCCACAAUCCGGAAAUCAUACGCGAAUCGCAGCGACGAAGAUUUGCGAGCGUGGAUCUUGUUGACGAGGUCAUUCGUCUCGACAAAGAAUGGCGACUGCGCCUGUUUGAGUUCGAACAAUGCAGGAAAGAUAUUAACAAGAUUAACAAAGACAUCGGCAAUCUGAAAAUCGCAGGUAAGGAUUCAAGUGAAUUGAUUAAAAGUAGUGAUGAGAAAAAACAAUUGACUGCGGAGAAAGAAAUAGAAGUUCAGGAGGCUCAAGCUGCACUGUCUUCAAAAUUGGAAAUAAUUGGAAAUUUGGUGCAUGAUUCAGUUCCAAUUAGCAAUGACGAGGCAAAUAAUGUCAUAAUCCGCUCUUGGGGGCAGAAGCGGGUGGAACCCAAACUAAAAAAUCACGUUGAGCUUGUUGAGCUUCUUGGUAUUGCAGAUACAAAGAAAGGUGCUAAUGUGGCGGGAGGUAGAGGAUUUUACCUGAAAGGAGAUGGUGUACGCCUUAAUCAAGCCCUAAUUAAUUUUGGUCUGGAUUUUCUGGAAAAAAGGGGAUAUACGUCACUGCAGACUCCAUUCUUCAUGAGGAAGGAUAUCAUGGCAAAAUGUGCUCAAUUAGCACAGUUUGAUGAAGAGCUUUACAAGGUAACUGGUGAGGGAGAGGACAAAUAUUUGAUCGCCACUGCUGAGCAGCCGCUUUGUGCGUAUCAUCUGGAUGAUUGGAUCCAUCCAUCACAGCUACCGUUAAGGUAUGCUGGAUAUUCAUCUUGCUUCCGCAAAGAAGCAGGUUCACAUGGUCGAGAUACUCUUGGAAUUUUCCGUGUUCAUCAGUUUGAGAAAGUGGAGCAAUUCUGUCUUACUAGCCCAAAUGGCAAUGAAUCGUGGGACAUGCAUGAGGAAAUGAUUAAAAACUCUGAGGAGUUUUACAAGAUGCUAAACAUACCCUAUCAAGUUGUGGCUAUUGUUUCGGGUGCUUUGAAUGAUGCAGCUGCAAAGAAGUAUGAUUUGGAAGGAUGGUAUCCUGCAUCAAAUACUUACAGAGAACUUGUGUCCUGUUCAAACUGUACUGACUAUCAGUCCAGAAGAUUAGAGAUUAGAUUUGGACAGAAAAAGAGUAAUGAGCAGGCUAAGCAGUAUGUUCAUCUGUUGAACUCUACCCUCACAGCGACAGAGAGGACUAUGUGCUGCAUCCUUGAGAAUUACCAGAGGGAAGAUGGUGUUGAGAUUCCAGAAGUGCUGCGAGAUUUCAUGGGUGGAAAGACCUUCCUCCCUUUCCCUAACAACCCUGAGAAAGAAGCAAAAGGGAAAAAAUCCAAGGCUUGACAGCUUUCGCAUGGACAUUUAGAAUGAUUGAUAUUUAUGUGAACGCCUUAUUGCUCUGGUUCGAGUACUUCUUAGAGCAUUUCCAAGGGAGGUAGCAUAUUUGAACCACUCGCAACAAGUGCACUCCAAGGGACUCUUCAAACUUUAAGUUUGUUAUUACUCUUUGUGCUUAAAGGGACUAAAUGCUAAAUUUGAUUAGAUGGAAGUUAAAAGAGCCAUUUCUUAACUCUUCAAAAAUUGAAGAGAGAGGGAUAGAGAGUUACACCAACAUGGUGUAACAAGUUUGCUACUUCCCUUGGAGUGGCUUUGGUUGACUUGGAUCUUCAAAUAUGGCUUAGUUUUGGUUCUGCUACUCCCUUGGAGAUGCUCUUAGAGUUUCCGAAAAACAUGCAUACGAUGAAACAGUCAUACGAUGGAUGCCUAAGAGUUUGUUAGUUUGUUUUUAUUAACUAAAGUGAGACCAUUAUGUGAUCAGAUAUGAGCUCUCAUACAUAUGGUAUGAAUUGGAGGCUACCUAUUUCUCUUAA